UUAAUGAAGAUCGAAAGGGUGGUCUCAUAGCUUCCCCUGCCAUCUUCAUCCAAUCCCCAGCAAUCAUCUCGUCAUAACUCCAGAACUUUCCUGCCCAGAUCCUUCCGAUUCUCAUCUCAAAAUGCUCCGCCCCGAUGCACUCAGAAUCAAAACUCAUUUCUCCUCCUCCGCCGCCGCUGCCGCCGGAUCACUCGCCAAUAACGACGAUCUUUUAGUCGAGAUCCUUGUCCGCUUACCCAUCCCAUCAGUUCUACGAUUCAAAUCCGUUUCAAAACGUUGGCUCUCCCUAAUUUCCGAUCCCAAUUUCUCUCACCGUCGAAUCACUUUUUAUCCGCCUACUCCUUCAGGCAUCUUCUUGACCCGUCAUUUCUGGCGUCCUGUUCCCCGUGGAUUUGGUUUCGUCGUUCUGCGCCCAAAUCCGCCUCAGGUGCCGUUUGAAUCUCUUGAACCUUCUGUGCCGAAGCGUAGAAUUGAAAUCCUGCAAUCCUGUAACGGCUUGUUGUUGUGUUGCAGCUACGGUAGACGGUAUGGGAAGAACACUUAUUACGUUUACAAUCCAAUGACGAAGCAAUACACAACGCUCCCAAUGCUUCAGAUGUCCAAAAAAAAAAAAUUAACCGUUGGCCCUAGUUUAGCAUACGAUCCAAUACGAUCAUCAAAUUACAAAGUCGUUUGCGUUCGAAGAUUAGAUUCCGAAAACUUCCAAAUCAAGAUUUACUCACAUGAUUCUGGCUCCUGGAGGUCCUGGUGCAAAGGUUGCGUUCCCAUUUUCAUUCAACCUUGAAAAAAAACCUGCAGUGUAUUGGAACGGAGCGGUUCAUUGGGUAACCUAUAUGAAAAACAUCGUUUACUUGGAUAUGAGCGAAGAGAAACUCCAUGAAAUGGCAAUACCUCGUGCUUCCAGGGGUUGGGGAACCAAUAUUAAAGAGUACUUUGGAAACUGUUGCGGGCAUCUUUAUUGGAUUGAAGGUGUUGAUCGACAUAUGGAAUUGAUUGUGUUCGAGAUGGAAGAUGAACGUUGUGGGUGGUUUGUGAAGUAUAGGGUUGAUCUUCAACGGGUGUCUAGUUCGUUCCCAGAUCCGGGUUAUGUUGAAGUACCAGCGUGGGAACCCAAGUUCAGGGUGAUCGCCAUUGUUGAUCAGAGCGAGGUGGGGGAGGAGCCGUAUGUUGUUUAACUGACUGGCGAGACUGCCGUACGAGUGGAUGCGAACAGCGGGAGGUUUCAGGUUUGAAAGGUUGGUGUACAUUCUACCUUGAAUUAAAAGUUUAGGAGC